AUGUCGUUUCCCCCGGGCAUGGUCCAGGCGCCGCCUGGCGCUCCCAAUAUUCAGCAGGGGUCAUCUUCAAUGCCUCCAGAGGUGUUGGCACAAAAGUCGCAGAAGUGGACGCAGAUGCAGAACAGGCGUUACGCAGAAAAGCGGAAGCAGGGCUUCAUCGACACCGGAAAGCAGGAACUUCCACCAGAGCACGUCCGCAAGAUUAUCAAGGACCAUGGUGACAUGAGCAACCGAAAAUUCAGAAAUGACAAGAGAGUACAUCUCGGCGCGUUGAAAUACGUUCCUCAUGCUGUGAUGAAGCUGUUGGAAAACAUGCCGUUCCCUUGGGAGCAAGUACGUGAGGUUCCGGUACUGUAUCACAUCACUGGAGCUAUCACCUUUGUCAACGAGAUUCCUCGCGUGAUAGAGCCUAUCUACCACGCGCAAUGGGCUACGAUGUGGUUGGCAAUGCGUACAGAAAAGAGAGACCGGCGAAACUUCAAGCGUGUUCGCUUCCCGCUCUUCGAUGACGAGGAGCCGCCGCUUGACUAUGGAGACAAUGUUCUCGAUGUGGAACCAUUGGAAGCAAUUCAGUUGGAGUUGGAUGAAGAGGAAGACUCUGCCAUUAUCGACUGGUUUUACGAUCACAAGCCUCUCGCCGACACGCCAGCCGUGAACGGACCGUCUUACAAAUACUGGUCGCUCUCACUCCCAGUAAUGGCGAACCUGUACCGGCUCGGAAGGACACUUCUUUCGGAUCAUACUGAUAGCAACGCGAGCUACUUGUUCGACAAGAAGGCGUUCUUUACGGCAAAGGCGCUCAACAUGGCGAUUCCAGGUGGACCUAAAUUUGAGCCUCUUUACCGUGAUAUGGACAAAUACGAUGAGGACUGGAACGAAUUCAAUGACAUUAACAAGAUUAUCAUCCGUCAACAAAUACGGACGGAGCACAAAGUCGCCUUCCCUCAUCUGUACAAUUCCCUCCCGCGUUCCGUACACUUGGCUCCUUACCAUACACCGAAGAACGUGUACAUUCGCACCGAGGAUCCUGAUCUACCAGCGUUCUACUUCGACCCAUUAAUCAAUCCCGUGUCGUCCCGUUCCUUCCACCCGAAGAAUCUUCCGCUCGUCUCCCAUGAAGACGAAGUAUUUGGCUAUGGUAUUGAGGAGGAGGACUGGGAUUCCAAGCUUGACGAAGAGUUUGCACCAUUCUUGGAUGAGGAAGAUCUGGAAUCCGAGCACAUUGCAGAUGCCAUCGCGCUUUGGUGGGCUCCAACGCCCUAUGAACACCGAAGCGGGAGGACGAGGCGUGCAGAGGACGUUCCAUUGGUCAAAAACUGGUACUUGGAGCACUGCCCCCCCGGUCAGCCUGUCAAAGUCCGCGUCUCUUACCAGAAACUGCUCAAGUGCUAUGUGCUCAACGAGCUCAAGCAUCGACCCCCAAAGGCGUUGACGAAGAAGAGCUUGUUCCGCCAGCUCAAGGCCACCAAGUUCUUCCAAGUCACACGCCUAGAUUGGGUGGAAGUCGGACUACAAGUAUGCCGCCAAGGAUACAACAUGUUGAAUCUUUUGAUCCAUCGAAAGAAUCUCAACUAUCUUCACUUGGACUACAACUACAACCUGAAGCCCGUCAAGACCCUGACUACCAAGGAACGCAAAAAGUCGCGAUUCGGCAAUGCAUUCCAUCUAUGCCGUGAAAUCCUGCAUCUUACCAAGCACGUUGUUGAUUCGAACGUCCAAUUCCGCCUUGGAAACAUUGACGCGUUCCAACUGGCAGACGCUUUGCAGUACAUCUUCGCUCACAUCGGCACGCUCACCGGAAUGUAUCGUUACAAGUAUAAGUUGAUGCGUCAAGUGAGGAUGUGCAAAGAUCUGAAGCAUCUUAUCUACUACCGCUUCAACACCGGUCCAGUGGGCAAGGGUCCGGGAUGUGGUUUCUGGGCGCCAGGCUGGAGAGUUUGGAUCUUCUUCAUGCGAGGAAUCGUUCCUCUCUUGGAAAGAUGGCUCGGUAACCUUUUGGCUCGUCAAUUCGAGGGCAGAAACAGCAAGGGUGUUGCGAAGACAGUGACCAAGCAGCGUGUAGAAUCUCAAUACGACCUCGAGUUACGUGCCGCUGUCAUGCACGACAUUAUCGACAUGAUGCCCGAGUCCAUCAGGCAGAACAAGGCGAAGACAAUUAUUCAGCACUUGUCUGAAGCAUGGAGAUGCUGGAAGGCCAACAUUCCUUGGAAGGUACCAGGAAUGCCAACGGCCAUUGAGAAUAUCAUUCUUCGAUACAUCAAGAGCAAGGCUGACUGGUGGACGUCUGUGGCUCACUACAAUCGUGAGCGUAUCCGUCGCGGCGCCACCGUCGACAAGGCUGUUGUCAAGAAGAAUCUUGGCAGGUUGACACGUCUUUAUCUCAAAGCAGAACAAGAACGUCAACACGGUUAUCUCAAGGACGGUCCCUACAUCUCUGGUGAAGAGGCUGUCGCCAUCUAUACGUCGACUGUCCACUGGCUUGAAAGCCGCAAGUUUGCACCAAUCCCAUUCCCUCCACUCUCGUACAAGCAUGACACCAAAUUACUCGUGCUUGCGCUAGAAAAGCUGAAGGAAGCAUACAGUGUCAAAGGUCGACUCAAUCAGUCUCAGAGAGAGGAGCUCGCGCUUAUAGAACAAGCGUACGACAAUCCUCACGAAUGUUUGUCUCGUAUCAAGCGUUUGUUGCUCACACAGCGGGCGUUUAAGGAAGCGGGAAUCGAGUUCUUCGAUACAUAUGACAAACUCAUUCCCUGCUAUGAUAUUGAGCCAGUCGAGAAGAUUACGGACGCGUAUCUGGAUCAGUUCUUGUUCUUCGAAGCUGACAAGCGGGGACUCUUCCCUGCAUGGAUCAAGCCUGCUGACACCGAGCCACCGCCACUCCUUGUCUACAAGUGGUGUCAAGGUAUCAACAACCUGACGGACAUCUGGGAGACUGCCGAGGGCGAAUGCAACGUCAUGAUCGAGACGGUGUUCUCAAAGGUCUAUGAGAAGGUUGAUCUGACGCUUCUCAACCGCCUUCUUCGUUUGAUUUUGGACCACAAUCUUGCCGACUAUAUCACAGCCAAAAACAAUAUCACUUUGACAUACAAAGACAUGGCACACAACAAUGGAUAUGGCAUGAUCCGUGGACUCCAGUUCUCGGCCUUCGUCUUCCAGUACUACGGUUUGGUGCUUGAUCUACUCGUCCUUGGCCUUCAUAGAGCGAGUGAGAUGGCCGGACCUCCACAAAUGCCCAACAAUUUCCUUCAGUAUCGGGAUUCUGCUACCGAAACUCGCCAUCCAGUUCGACUCUAUUCAAGAUACGUGGAUCGCCUUCACAUCCUCUAUCGCUUCACAGCAGAGGAAGCUCGUGAUCUCAUACAACGCUACCUGAGUGCCAAUCCCGACCCAACGAACAACAAUGUCAUUGGUUACAAUAAUAAGCGCUGCUGGCCGCGAGAUUGUCGAAUGCGCCUCAUCAAGCACGACGUCAACCUGGGAAGGGCCGUAUUCUGGAACGUCAAGCAAAGUCUCCCGAGGUCACUUACCACCAUCGAAUGGGACGACACCUUUGUUAGCGUCUACUCCAAGGAUAACCCACAACUGCUUUUCUCCAUGUGUGGCUUCGAAGUUCGCAUCCUCCCAAAGAUUCGAACAACAAGUGGAGAACAGUUCUCCAUCAAAGACAGUGUGUGGAACCUUACCAACGAACAAACCAAGGAGCGCACCGCCCAAGCUUUCCUUCGCGUCUCCGAUGAGGGUAUCCAGCAGUUCAACAAUCGUAUUCGGCAGAUCUUGAUGAGCUCGGGAUCCACAACGUUCUCCAAGAUCGUUAACAAGUGGAACACUGCCAUCAUUGGUCUGAUGACAUAUUAUCGAGAGGCCGUUAUUCACACCAACGAACUUCUCGACGCGCUGGUCAAGGCCGAGAACAAGAUCCAAACCCGCGUGAAGAUUGGUUUGAAUAGUAAGAUGCCUUCUCGUUUCCCUCCAGUCGUGUUCUACACACCCAAGGAAUUGGGAGGCUUGGGAAUGUUGUCGAUGGGACACGUCCUCAUUCCGCAGAGUGACCUCCGGUGGAUGAAGCAGACGGAUGUUGGAGUCACCCACUUCCGAGCCGGCAUGUCCCAUGAGGAAGAUCAGCUCAUUCCCAACCUUUACCGCUACUUGCAACCUUGGGAGGCUGAAUUCCUUGAUUCUGCUCGUGUUUGGUCCGAGUACGCAAUGAAGCGGAAGGAGGCCAACGCUCAGAACCGACGCCUCACUUUGGAAGAUUUGGAAGACAGCUGGGAUCGAGGCAUUCCAAGAAUCAACACCCUGUUCCAGAAAGAUCGACAUACCCUCGCAUACGACAAGGGCUGGAGAGUCCGCACAGAUUGGAAGCAAUAUCAAUUACUCAAGCACAAUCCAUUCUGGUGGACGUCUCAACGUCAUGACGGCAAGCUAUGGCAGCUGAACAAUUACCGUGUCGACGUAAUUGCUGCCCUCGGCGGUGUUGAAGGUAUCCUGGAGCAUACACUAUUCAAAGGCACAUACUUCCCUACCUGGGAAGGUCUGUUCUGGGAAAAAGCCUCCGGUUUCGAGGAGUCGAUGCGCUACAAGAAGUUGACAAACGCUCAGCGCUCCGGUUUGAACCAGAUUCCGAACCGUCGCUUCACGCUUUGGUGGAGUCCCACAAUCAAUCGCGCUAAUGUCUACGUUGGUUUCCAAGUGCAGCUAGAUCUCACCGGCAUCUUCAUGCAUGGAAAGAUUCCAACUCUGAAGAUCAGCUUGAUCCAGAUCUUCCGUGCUCACUUGUGGCAGAAGAUUCACGAGAGCGUUGUCAUGGACUUGUGUCAAGUUUUCGAUCAAGAAAUGGAGGCACUCCAGAUUGAAACGGUCCAGAAGGAGACAAUUCAUCCUCGUAAGAGUUAUAAGAUGAACUCAUCCUGCGCCGAUAUUCUUCUGUUCUCGUCAUACAAGUGGAACAUUUCGAAACCAUCAUUGGUAUCGGAUGGGAAAGACAGCUUCGAUGGAAUCACCAGCAACAAGUACUGGAUUGACGUCCAACUCCGUUGGGGUGACUUUGAUUCACACGACAUUGAUCGAUACACCCGCGCCAAGUUCCUGGACUAUGUCUCGGACUCGAUGAGUAUCUAUCCUUCACCAACCGGCGUCAUGAUUGGCAUGGAUCUAGCGUAUAAUCUAUGGUCUGGAUACGGGAACUGGUUCCCGGGCAUGAAGCCAUUGAUUCAACAGGCCAUGUCCAAGAUCAUGAAGGCGAACCCUGCAUGCCACGUCCUGCGAGAACGCAUCCGAAAGGGUCUACAACUCUACUCUUCGGAGCCUACGGAGCCGUACCUCAACAGUCAAAACUACUCGGAGCUGUUCUCCAACCAAAUCAUUUGGUUUGUCGACGACACGAAUGUCUAUCGCGUCACCAUCCACAAGACAUUCGAAGGCAAUCUCACCACCAAGCCCAUCAACGGAGCCAUCUUCAUCUUCAACCCGCGUUCGGGACAACUGUUCUUGAAGAUUAUUCAUACAAGUGUCUGGGCAGGCCAGAAACGUCUCGGACAGUUGGCCAAAUGGAAGACGGCAGAAGAAGUGGCUGCACUGGUCCGUUCGUUGCCAGUAGAAGAACAGCCCAAACAAGUCAUCGUCACUCGAAAGGGCAUGUUGGAUCCCCUCGAGGUACACUUGCUAGAUUUCCCGAACAUUGUCAUCAAGGGUAGCGAGCUGCAGCUACCUUUCCAGGCUUGCAUGAAGAUGGAGAAGUUUGGUGAUCUGAUCUUGCGCGCGACUCAACCUCAGAUGGUCUUGUUCAAUCUUUACGACGACUGGCUCAAGUCGAUCUCGAGCUAUACUGCGUUUUCGCGUGUUAUUCUACUGUUGCGUGCCCUGCAUGUCAACAAUGAGAAGGCAAAGAUCAUCCUGCGACCCGACAAGUCUACGAUCACGGAGCCGCACUUUGUCUGGCCCACAUUGACGGAUGAAGAGUGGAUGAAGGUCGAAGUUGCACUCAAGGACCUUAUUCUGGCUGAUUUCGGCAAACGCAACAGCGUGAACAUUGCAUCGCUUACGCAGUCUGAGAUUCGAGACAUCAUCCUGGGUCAGGAAAUCGCCGCUCCAUCUGUGCAGCGGCAGCAAAUGGCCGAACUUGACAAGAGCGUCGCAGCUCAGAGUCAAGUCACGGCCGUACAGACUAUGACGACCAACGUGCACGGUGACCAGAUACAAACCGUCACCAUGACCAACUAUGAGCAACAAGUGUUUAGUAGCAAAUCUGACUGGCGAGUGCGGGCCAUUUCCUCCACAAACCUGGCACUUCGUUUGCAACACAUCUACGUCUCCAAUGACGAUGUCAAGGAUGAGGCCGGGUCACUCACAUACGUAUUCCCCAAGAACGUACUGCGUGCCUUUGUCAUCAAUGCCGAUCUCCGUACUCAAGUUGCUGCCUAUCUGUACGGAGUAUCGCCACCCGACAACAAACAAGUCAAGGAGAUCAAGGCCGUUGUUUGGAUCCCCCAAAGAGGCAACAACAACUCGGUUGAGCUUCCUCAGCAGCUCCCCAAGGACGAUUUCCUACUGAGUGAUCUCGAACCUCUUGGUUGGAUCAAGACCCAGCCUCAAGAGUCGCAAUAUCUCUCGCCCACUGAUGUGACGACUCAAGCACGCAUCAUGGCCGAUCAUCCAGAGUGGGGGCCCUCGUCCGUCUGUGUCACCUGCUCCUUCACUCCCGGUUCAAUUUCACUGGCCGCUCAUUCGCUCACACCAGCUGGCUUUGAGUGGGGACGCAAGAACACGGACAAUUCGCUCAACCCACAAGGAUUCAAUCCAAACAUGUCGGAACGAGUUCAACUCCUGCUGUCGGAUCGCAUUCUUGGGAUGACUUUAGUCCCACAAGGCAAGGUCUGGAAUUAUGGUAUUGGCCUGACCCAACUCUGGGCCACAAAUCUACCAUACUCUGUCGUCCUUGACACGCCUCUUCCCUUCUGGGCCGAAGCCCAUCGUCCCGCCGCUUUCCUAACGUUUACGAACAUGACAGGAAACGACUCUGCAGAUGUCGAGAAUAGCUUUGCUUAG